AUGACGAAAGCCGCCUUUACCGCACGCGGUCAGACGCUCGGCGGCCGCGCCACCCCUGGCUGCUGCCUGAGUCGACUCCGUCGGGGCUUCAGAGCCGCGGGGCUCCGCACGCACGUGUUUCUGCUCUAUUUUGCCAUUGUUUUAUUCUCUCGCGACCGGUCCUGUGCCGUGGAGCUGCCGUCCAGUGAUCGACCAGCGAGUACCCAUGGCGAAGCCGACACCGCGGAAGGGUCGCGUUUACUCGAGGCUUUUGAUGCGCAGCGCCGCCCCUCGUCGGGUGGGGAAAGCAAGAUUGGCGCAGGGCCGCCAAAAGAGAGUCUGCACAGCGAAGGCACUCGCCAGGCUGCGAGCGGCGCCUCCCGCUUGUUGGGUGAGACGUCGCAGGGAACUGAGGAUGCCUCGAGGCCGGAGGAGAGGCAGGAAAACUUCGAGACGCCCGCCUCCACAGAAAACGCAACAGACACCCUGAAUCACAACAUCCUCAUUCUCUGCGGCCGCAGCUCGUGCACCAAGAAAGCCCUUGAGACCGCUACACGCGACGCGAUGGAACAAGCCGCGAACGCCCGUUUUCUUUCGAAUUCGGAAGCCCUGGCCGCCGACCGCGGACGAAGUCCAGAAAUGUUUCGACGGCACCCGCCUCACCUGGCAGACCCCCCCUACGGCACCGGCCGCCGGACUCCGCAGACAAAGCUGCAAGAGCUGUACGUGCAGGGGCCUGAUGAAGAGCAACAGGAGCCACGCGAGAGUGCAGAGAAGGAGGCGUGGGCAGCGGCCUUCAAGAAGGUUCCUCCUGUGUUUCGGGUCUCUGUUUUCGUUGGCGAGGAACUGCGGAAGCUGGCAGAUGAAGAAGAUCAAAGAGAAGCGACGGGAAGCAGGCGAACUGUCGCCGACACAUCGGAGACCGUCUUGAACAGCCACGGUAGACUGCGAACAGGGGCAGAGGAGGGGGAAGGCGAUGCGAGAGCAGAGAGGAAAGGAAGGAGUUCUGAAACUGCGGAAGAGCGCGAGGGGCAAGGAAAGAAGGCUCAGACGCCGGAAAGUGCUCAUCUGCCACAAGCGCCUGAACAAUCUGAACCCACAACGGAGGAUUCGAGAGGAAACCGGGACGGCUUUUUGUCUUCCGGGCACUCGCCAGCCUUUCCAUGGGUCGAUAUUUCGCGGCUCUUCCAGUCCUGGCCUUACACGUUGUUCUCGAGAGAUUCUCGCCCUCCGUUUUCUGCUUCGCCAUCUUCCUUCCUCCCCGCGGCUGCUCCUGCCCCCGCGACCGACGCUAGCGAGCCUCAUCGGUAUCUCCAGGGCGCUCGCUCCGCCGCUUCAAGUUCCUCUGCAGCGCCUCACCCGCACGCCAAGACGGCCGAAGCAGGGACGAGGCAGGCCGGGGACGCUGGCGACCAGAGUCAACCUCAAGCCGCCUUGCAGCAGAAGCGAAGAGAAACGCAAGGAAGGGGCUUUGACGGAUCCGCGAUCACGCAGGUCCGCUACGUCCUCUGGGAUAAAGCGAGUGGAAGCGAGGCAGCUGCGUCGGCGAGCGCCUUCCACGGUGCAGGAGAGGACGCUAGCCAUUCUGGGGACGGCCGAGAAGCUGGCAAGGGGCAAAUGCGGAAGCAAUCUGAGAGCGUUUGCGUCGUUGAAGGCGCCACGCUGCACCACCUCCUCUGCGAAGUCGUCCGUCUCCAAGACUGCAGCAGCGUCAUCGAUCCUCAGGUCUUCGCCGCUUAUCUUGAGCAAUCACCCUGCGUGAAGGCCGUCGGCUUCGAUCGCCAGGCGUCGCCCUAUGUGGUGGAGGAGGAGACAAAACUGCUUCGCUUUCCACGGCCUCGCUCGCCGACGCAUGCGGAGGGUCGCCGCUCACCGGAGGAGCCGGUCGCGGGGCGUGGGUCUGCGCCUCAGCCUGCAGAGGUUUCUGCAUCUGCGAACCUUUCAGGCUCUGCCCCGACUCUCGCCUCUGUUAGACCUGACGAAGCCCACCCAGACGCUGGCGAUUCGAAGACGAGCAUCGACUUGAUUCUUCCUUUCAUGGGCUUCGUCGAUUCGAGCGCGAAAGAGCGACAGCGUGGCCAGGCUCGUGGAGGCUCCACAAAGACCGUCGAGGGGACAGAAGGCGAUCCCGGCACGCCGGAUGGAGACGACGCGAAGCAGGCGGGGCAACUGGGUGAACGCGACAGCCGCAGACGCAUCGACCCAUGGUCGCGGCUUCUUGACAGAUUCAAAAGCUUGCCGAAUGACCCUCUCUUCUCCUGGAUUCCUCAGUGGGAGCUUCUGAAUGAGGCGGCGGGCGUCGACGCCAACGCCGCCUGGCGGAGAACGAAAGGAGGCUCGGGAACUAUUGAAGAGCAGCCUGCGAACACAGUCGCUCUUGUUGACUUUGGUUUUGAACUUAGACACGAGGACCUGUGGCACCAGUGGUGGAGGAACUCGCAAGUUGGCGCGAAGACCGGGACUGCGGAGUGGCCCGACAACUGCGAGGAUGGCAUUGACAACGACGAAAACGGCUACGUGGACGACUGUUUUGGGUUCUCCUUUGCAGACGCUGGGGGCUCCCAGCAGAGUCUGGCGGGCAAGCACGGUACCGCAGUCGCGAGUCAGUGCUGCGCCGGAACGAACAACGCCCGCGGCAUUGCGGCUGUGGGGUGGAACUUAAGGCCGAUGGCUCUUCGCGUUGAUGGCUCCUAUUCGCAGAUUGCUGAGGCCGUCAACUACGCAGCUGACAAGGGAGUGAAAGUCAUCAAUCUCAGUUUGGGGGGCCCCGCGUCUCCGGUUCUCCGCCACGUCGUGGAGGCCGCCGACAAGCGGAACAUCACGCUCGUGGUGGCUGCCGGCAACCACCGCUGUGACUUGGCGCACAUUGAGCAGCGCGGGUGCCAGGCGGAAGACGGGAGUGAAAAGGGCUAUCCCGCUUCGUACAGCGACAGUUUCCUCAACAUCAUCUCCGUAGGAGCGACAGACAAAGACGGAAAUAUCGCGCCCUUCUCCAACUUUGAUUCUUCUCCUUCCCACUCUCGCGUGCAAGUCAUGGCCCCCGGCAGGGAAGUCCCUUCCUGCAGCGACCGAAAGCGGGGAGCCGACGAGUAUCUUGCGGUGUCAGGAACUUCGUUUUCUUCGCCGAUCGUCGCUGGCAUUGUCGGCCUCGUUCAGCUGGAGCGCCCAGAUCUGUCGCCCCACACGAUUCGCGCCCUAAUCGUGAAUUCGUGCAAAGGCGUUCCAAAUACGGCUCUUCCGUCAGUGUGCCAGUGCGGUGGCUUGGUGAGCGCCGAGCGGGCGCUGAGACUCGCUGGAGUCGGCCGGAAAAGAGAGCCCAGAGACUUGGACAGUCCCGCGGGGCAAACGCCCGGCGGAAAAAGAGAAAGGCGGGGCAACCCAGACCAGCCACGGGGCGCAAGCCAAGCGACAGAAGAAGGAGGGAGGUAUGCAGACAAGCUGUAG